AUGGACAUGUGCUGGAACGUGUGCGACCUCACGGAGACCUCGCAGCUGUGCUGCACCGUCUACACGUCGGGCGGGGAGGGGGUGUCCGAGGUGCUUGGGAGCAGCACGAUCCCCUUGUUUGGCAAGAAGGGGGGGUUAAAGACUGGCAGACGGGCUGUCGGACUGCACUGGGGCGUCGCCGCGGACCCAGGCUGCCCCACAGGGACUCCGCACAAGCCAGAGGCACGGGGCGGAGGCGUGGAACAGCCCGCGGACGGUCCCGUGGAGAGUUGGGGCACACUGGGAGGUCGCAAGCUCGUCCAGGCACUGAAGCGGCUGUCGAUGGAUGAGCACCCAGAUCUGCCGUGGUUGAACAAUGCCUCGAUGGAUGCGGUGUCGCCGGCUCUGGCGUCCGCGCUCUGGCCCUGGGGCUUCCCGCGCGGCGAGGACCGCGAGACGUCUCCCCUCGCGCCGUUCCUGGACCCGCAGGGUGCGGUGUGGGUGCUGUGCCUGGAGCUGCCGACGUUCGCCGCGCCCGUGGUGUACCACCACGGGUACAUCGCGCCGCCGCGGCUCAUGGGCGCCACGGGGCGGCUCGCGCCCGCCAGCACCGCCGCCGCCGCGGCGCAGUCCGGCCUGGGCGUCCCGCUCAUCACCGACCCCGAGCUGGAGCUGCCCAACCUCGCCGAGGCCAAGCACCGCAAGCUGAUCAAGCUGCGGUCCGCGCAGGACCCCGCGGCGGCGCGCUCGGCCAAGCCGGACGUCGCGGAGAAGCUGGCGCUGCAGGAGAUCCUGUGCAAGCCCUGCACGCAGCAGCCUGGGGAGGAGGACAGGGAGCUGCUGUGGCGGUUCCGGUACCGCUUGCUGGAGAGCCCGGGCGCGCUGACGAAGUUCAUGCGGUGCGUGGACUGGUCCGACCAGUCCGAGGUGAAGGAGGCGCUGACGCUUCUGAGCCAGUGGGCGGCCAUCGGCGCCGCGGACGCGCUCGAGCUGCUCACGUCGGACUUCUGGCACCGCGCGCUGCGGCGGCACGCGGUGGACGCGCUGAAGCGCGCGCCGAACGCCGAGCUGGAGAUAUACCUGCCGCAGCUCGUCCAGGCGCUCCGGUGGGAGCAGGAGUUCGCCGAGGGGCGGCUCCCGGAGAGCUACUUGGCCAAGUUCCUCAUCAGUCGAGCGAAGAAGUCCUUCGUCAUCACGAACAGCCUGCACUGGUACCUCACCACGGAGGAGGAGGACCCGGACAAGGGCACGGCGUACAAGGCCGUCCACCGCCGCUUCAUGGAGGAGCUGGGCUCGGCGGGCCCCGAGGGCGUGGACAUGGUGAAGCAGUUGGUCAACCAGAAGAUGCUGCUCACCACGCUCGAGGGCAUCGCGCGCGAGGUCUCCAAGGCGCGGGGCCGGCAGCGGCUCGCGCUCCUGCAGGACCUCCUCGCGGAGUCCGUGGCCGUGGAGCUGAAGAGCGCGCCGGUGCCGCUGCCGCUCGACCCGACGUGCGUGGUCAACGGGCUGGUGCUCGAGGACUGCUUCGUGUUCAAGUCGGCGAUGUGCCCGAUCAAGCUGACGUUCCGCGUCCAGCAGGACAGCGGGCACGCGGACCAGCGCUGCGACUCGCAGGGCGCGGCCGAGCAGGCGCCGGAGCCGCCCGCGACCCGCUCGGUGAUCUUCAAGGUGGGCGACGACAUGCGUCAGGACCAGCUGGUGAUGCAGAUGUUUGCGCUGAUGGACACAUUGCUGCGGAGGGAGAACCUGGACCUGAACUUGACCGUGUACCGCGUGCUGGCCACGUCGCGGGCGACGGGGAUGGUGGAGUUCGUGCCCUCGCUGACGAUCGAAGAUAUCAUCAAGAAGGAAUACAAGACGGUGCUGCGAUUCCUGGCCGCGCAGUUCCCGGACGUGCGUUCGCCGUCCGGGGUGCGACCCUCCGCGCUGACGGGCUUCAUCAAGUCGUGCGCCGGGUACUGCGUCAUGACGUACCUCCUGGGCGUCGGCGACCGGCACCCCGAGAACCUGCUGCUGACCCCGGAGGGGUAUCUCUUCCACAUCGACUUUGCAUAUAUUCUGGGUCGUGACCCCAAGCCCCUGCCCCCGCCGAUCCGCAUCUCGCCACAGAUGGUCGAGGCGAUCGGGGGGUUCGACUCGGAGGGCUGGGGACGUUUCAAGACGUACUGCUUCGAGGCGUUCAACAUCCUGCGGAAGGGAAGCAAUCUGAUCCUGUCCCUGGUGCACCUGAUGGCGGGAUCGUCGCUGCCGGACGUCGCGGCGGAUCCACAGGGGCGGUCGGCGGCGCUCAAGGUCCAGGAGAAUCUCCGGCUGGACCUGGACGACGAGAAGGCGAUGGAGUACAUGUCCAAGGUCAUCCGGGACUCAGCGACGGCGGUGCUCCCGCAGUUCAUGGACAGCGCGCACCGGUGGGCGCAGUUCCUGCGGUGA